CAUCUCUCUUUCUUCUCUCUCUAUCUCUCUCCUGGAAACUCAAGCUACCAACGUAACUCUCUCUCCCCCCUUCCUCUUUCCAUCAGCAUUUGGCAUUUGAUCCACCAAGAAACUCUACCAGAGUACGGAGUAGCUGAUGGGAGGUAAUUACAGAAUAACAAGCAUUGGAUCGGUGAGGAUAUUGGUGAAAGAGAUUUAACGUGCCAAAGCUUUGGACGAAUCUGCGAUAUGAAUCUAUCAGUAUAAUUUAUAUUCUCUCUCUGCUUGGCGCCAAGCAGUUAGGAGAAUUGCCUUGAUGUUCGUUGCAUGCGUUUGACAGCUUUGAACAUGAAUUCUCAAGCUAACAGCAGUGGGGAAUUCUAUGCAGGAAAUUUAUUGGUUAGAAAUCAAAAUCUUUAUCCAGAAUCGAAACCAUCUAGUAACAAUAGCUACGCCCAACAUCGCCCAUAUGGACUCCCCAUGUAUCAAUCCAGUUAUAACUUGAACCCAGCAUCAACGACACAAACCAACUCAAUGUCAACGUUUAACAACUCAGUCCAUCCUGCACCGUUCUCCUCGCAUCUGGAAAAUGCUGCAUUUGAUUAUGUCCCCACACCAUCUUUUCUUGUAAGAAAUGAAAGCUCAAGUUUCAGAAAGGACGGUGGGGACGAUUUCAUCAGAAUGCUUCAAGAUGAAACACCCCGUCAACACUGUGACGAACUUCUACAAAGCAUUGUGGAAUCAUCAUGUGUUGGAAAUUCUACUCCAUUUAAGGGAGUGAGGGACUUUGGGAAUCAUAGAGAUCUUGGGAUCGAUCUCAACAGGACACCAGAUCAGAGACCAGCAAAAAGAAGACAGCAUACGCCAAUGGUAUACACAGAAAAGUUUACUGAUUUACUUAAUCUUCCAUUGGAUGAAAGUUUAAGACUUUACGAGGAAACACAGGAGAAUUUUGUCACAGUUCCACUUGAUGAAGCAACUCAGAAACGUCAUGAUGAACUCUUGAAGGAUCUCACAGAUACAUUAUCUGCAUCCGUUUCUGAACCAACCCCAGCGAAGGAAGUGGAGAAGGGCAGCGCUCAAGCAGUUGAUCUUAACAAGGCCCCAGAGUUGAAGACGCCUAAGCGGAGAAAACAUAGGCCCAAGGUUAUAAAGGAAGAAAAACCCAAGAAGUCUCCUAAACCUGUGACACCGAAGAUUCCCAAGGAAACCCCAACAGGGAAGAGAAAGUAUGUAAGGAAGAAGAACAUCAACAAAGAAGCAGCUACUCCACCUGCGAAUAUUGUGGAGAUUAAAGAUUCGAGCACCGCAACUAAAACAAAAUCUUGCCGGAGAGUAAUACACUUUGAGAUGGAAAAAACUGGAGAUGAGGAACUCGAAAAGAAACCAGAUGAGAAACAUAUGCAAGAGGAGAACAUGGGGAACCUUUGCUUCACCACGAGACCAAAUGUUCCAGAUUUCAGCUCCCAAACUAAUGGUGUUGGUGGAACAAUUCCAGGUGUUCAUAUCAGUCAGCGACUGGGCACAAUGGCUGAGAAUGUGCGACCAACAACACAGAGUAACCUUUCUCACAUGAGUCACAUGACGACCCCUCUCACAUCACAAUCCGAAAGGGAGGCAGCUGGAGGCCUAUUGAACAAAUUAGCAAGCAACACAGCAGGAGAUUUGAUCAAUGUUCGUAGAAUUUUAGACCAAGGAAAAGCAGAUCGAUAUCAAAAUGGAUUCAGCAGUGGAUUCACUCCUGUUCAGCAACAAAACCAUAAUUAUUAUAUGGAGCUGAUGGGGAUGAACUCUGAAUAUUCUCAAACAGUUCCAAAUCAUCAUUCCAAUAUCAAUGAACCAAGGGGCUUAAAGAGAGGCCGUCCGCCUGCAACUCAGCCAACACAGUCGUGCUCGAUAGCUACACUGGACUCUUCAGUGUUGAGUCAAGGGGUGUCACAAACGGGUGAGUUCUUUAGACAAAGCAGCAGUGUAAACAUAGGAUCCUUGGAAAUUCCUGCGAAGAAAUUUGAAUCUGGACUCUAUGCAACCCUCUACAAAAGAUAUUCUACUAUCCAAGCAAAUGAGGGUUGCUCAAGCCACCUCAAUACAAGUGGUCGCAAUCCUAUCAAUUCUGGUGGAUUUACUGCAGAAAUGAGGCAAGCCAUGCUAAAUGGUCAUAUUAGAAGUGAACAAAGCACCAAUAGACAAAUUAACUGGACUAAAGAAAUCAUCGGUGAAAGGCCUAUUCCCUCAAUUGUCCAUGAGAACAAUUUUCAGAGGCGACAAUUCUCACAAAAUCUGCAUCCAGAAUUCGAUAGGACAUGUGGCACAACUGGGUCGAAUAAGGUUACUAGCUAUCGCUCAUUGAUUACUGGUGACAAAUAUAAUGUGCCCCAUCCAUUUCCGCACCCGAAAGCCUCAGAUCAACGGUAUGCACAGGCUUGUCAACCCAUGAUAUCAGGUUCGCUAGCAACAAAUCAAGUACAAAAACAAGGGUACUCGUUUAGCUUCCACCAAGUUCCUGAUAGAAAAACAGGUGUACUAGAAAAUGAGAUCAUACGCAAAAUGAAGGGUCUCAAGCUUAACGACGAUAAAGGAACCACGAGGACAGAUCAAAAUGCUAUUGUUCCAUACAAAGGAAAUGGUGCAGUAGUUCAAUAUGUGGAGUCUGAACAUUUAAGAAAACGAAAGACACGACCAAAAGUUGACCUUGACCCGGAGACGGAGAGAAUAUGGAAUUUAUUAAUGGGGAAGGAAGGAAGCGAAGGCAUUGAAAAUCAUGAGAAAGGCAAGGAGAAAUGGUGGGAAGAGGAACGGAAAGUUUUUCGUGGUCGUGCUGAUUCAUUCAUUGCGAGGAUGCAUCUAGUGCAAGGAGACAGAACGUUUUCACGAUGGAAAGGAUCAGUUGUUGACUCAGUUAUAGGGGUUUUCCUUACCCAGAAUGUUUCAGAUCAUCUUUCAAGCUCUGCCUUCAUGUCUCUAGCCGCACGUUUUCCUAUAAAAUCUACCAGGAACGUUAGAACUCAGGUUCAAGUUCAAACGAGCAUAGUGGCCAACGAGUCAGCAGCUUGUAUACUAUAUUCAGCAAAUUCUAUAAAAUGGGAAGCUCGAUUACUACCCCAGCCAAGGUUUGAGAUGCCCCAGACGUCAAUAAACCAUCAAAAUCAAGGAGUGAACUCAGGGACUGCAAAUUUUUUCACAGAGGAAGGUAGUCAAGUUGUGGAGGAUGAAGUCAUAUCCUCACAAGAUUCCUUUGACUCGACAAUCACACAGGGUACUGGAGGGGCUAGAUCAUGCUCUGGAUCCAACUCAGAGGCUGAAGAACCCAUUGUAAGUUACUACUCUAGCAGCACUCAUUGUUCAAAUUUCACAGAUAUCAAACAAGUGGAGACGACUACCAUCAAACAGAUUUCCUUCAGUGACUUGAAUAGAACUACAGAUGGAAAACAGGAGUCACUAAUAUCAGAAUGGAAUGAGAUUGAUAAUCUCAACGGUCAUUCCUUGACUAAUUUCCUUGUUAAUAUCGAAAACCAGCACAAGCAAGAACCAGUUGCUCCUUCAAACAAUCAGUUGCACUUGACCCCAGACUGUGGGGUAUUGGAGGUUGAAGGCCGUGAAGCAUUCAGUGAAGAGAGCACAUCUUCUGGGCCAUCAAUUGUAUCUGGAUGCUCCACAGAAAAGAAUAUGACUUGUCAUAGCUUAAACAUUAGGGGUCUCAAGCGAACUUUGGAUAAAACUUGCGCUGAAGAGAUUGGACAAGCAAGAUCUCAAAAAACCACAAUGGAGCAUAGCGAAUCUGUCGGUGAGCACUCUGUGCACCUACAGGGUAAUGCUAUUCAAUCAGGGCCUCAUUGUGAGUAUAAACUUCAUGAGAAUUAUGAACCAUGUAAGAGGAUCAAGACUUCCCCAUUAGGAAGUGCAUCAGUUACCAAUCCUCACCAAGAAUUAGAUGCAUCAGCCAAAAUGCAGAAAAAUGGCCUCUCAAAUGCCGUACAUGUGCCUGCACACGCAGAAAAAUUGCUUGAUGCGGUGGAUAGAACUCCUGGAAAGGGAAAUCAAAUAAACUUUUCAAAUAAUGAGGUCCAUUCUCUAUCUAAGGCAAAUAAUGGGGGAGAUGUUAGCACUUCAAAACCAAAAAGAAGAAAGGUCAAUAGUGAGAAAAAUAGUACAUUUGAUUGGGAUAGUUUGAGAAAGCAGGUGGAAGCCAAUGGACAACUAAAAGAAAGAAGCAAGGAUGCCAUGGAUUCAAUAGACUAUGAAGCAAUCAGACUAGCCAGCAUUCAUGAAAUUUCUAGUUCUAUUAAGGAACGAGGAAUGAACAACAUGCUAGCUGACCGAAUGAAGGAAUUUUUGAAUCGCCUGAUGAAAGAUCAUGGGAGCAUUGAUCUCGAAUGGUUAAGAGAUGUUCCUCCAGACAAAGCAAAGGAUUAUCUACUGAGUAUACGAGGACUGGGUUUGAAAAGUGUGGAGUGCGUUCGUCUAUUAACGCUUCAUCAUCUUGCUUUCCCAGUUGAUACAAAUGUCGGAAGAAUAGCUGUUCGACUUGGAUGGGUCCCUCUCCAACCGUUACCCGAGUCGCUUCAGUUACACCUUCUAGAACUGUAUCCAAUGCUGGAGACCAUUCAAAAAUACCUGUGGCCAAGAUUAUGCAAACUUGAUCAGCGAACACUGUAUGAACUACACUAUCAGUUAAUUACAUUUGGAAAGGUGUUCUGCACAAAGAGCAAGCCAAAUUGCAAUGCAUGUCCAAUGAGAGGAGAAUGCAAGCACUUCGCAAGUGCUUUUGCAAGUGCUCGACUUGCUCUGCCAGCACCGGAGGAAAAGCGCAUUGUGCCUUCAACCAAUCCUGUCGCCACAGAGAAACAGCCAGCUUUAUUCACGAGACCUUUGCCAAUUCUUGCUCCUGAAGCAAGCACUUCUACAGGAAAUACCGUGCGCACCAGCAACUGUGAGCCAAUAAUUGAAGUACCAGCGUCACCCGAACCCGAGCCCAAUGAGAUAAUAACCGAAAGUGAUAUUGAAGAUGCAUAUUAUGAGGAUCCUGAUGCUGAUGAAAUUCCUACCAUCAAACUCAGCAUGGAAGAAUUCAGAACAACAUUGCAAAAUUUCAUCCCUGAAGAAGAUAUGUCCAGAGCUUUAGUUGCCUUGAACCCAGAGGCUGCCCGUAUCCCAAUGCCAAAAUUGAAGAAUGUGAGCAGGCUACGGACUGAGCAUCAAGUGUAUGAACUUCCCGAUUCACAUCCUCUCUUACAAAAGAUGGAUAGACGAGAACCUGAUGAUCCAAGCCCAUAUCUUCUUGCGAUAUGGACGCCAGGUGAAACAGCGAACUCGAUUCAACCGCCGCAAAGUUGUGGGUCCCAAGACCCGAACAGGCUCUGCAAUGACGCAACGUGCUACACAUGCAGCUGUAGAAGAGAAGCUAAUUCUCAAACAGUCAGAGGAACGAUCCUGAUACCAUGUAGAACCGCAAUGCGAGGGAGCUUCCCACUCAAUGGAACAUACUUCCAAGUUAAUGAGAUGUUUGCAGAUCAUGAAUCCAGUUCAAAACCUAUCGAUGUUCCAAGAAAAUGGCUAUGGAACUUACCCAGACGAACCGUCUACUUUGGUACAUCAGUAUCUACAAUAUUCAGGGGGCUAGUGACGGAGGAGAUUCAGCUAUGCUUUUGGAGAGGUUUUGUUUGUGUCAGAGGAUUUGAUCGGAAAACAAGGGCACCUCGACCUUUGAUUGCUAGAUUGCACUUUCCAGCAAGCAAGCUGGCCAAGAUGAAGAACGAAAACACAGAAUAGUCUACUUUUUAAGCAAAAGGGCAGAAAGUAAGAGCGAGAGCACAGAAAGGGAUAGCUGACUGCUAAAGAAGAUUUUCGACUAACCUAUUGGUCUACAUUUUUAAUUAUUCUUGGUCUAACGUGAUAUGCAAUAGCUGCAUGUUAGCCAAGCGGCCGAGGAAGAAGUUACCAAAUUGAAAUUUUAGAAUCCAUAAGUGAGAUGUAGUCUCUACCCUAUUGAUAUUCAUAUGAUCAUUCUCAAUUAAUGCUCGAAACAGAGCCCAUUCUUCAAA